GGGGGGGGGAGCAUGGCCUUAUUCCUGUUAAAGCAUAUUGGAUGACUGUAUUGAUAUUCCAUACACCCAGCUCUAUGUAACAGCGAUAGGUUUAGGCUACUACAUGAUACUCUUCAUUUGUCCUAUACCCAUCAUGAGGUUCCUACAACCUAGCCAUCGAAUGAAAGUUUAUAACGUAGGUGCACACAGGUCGAGAGACAAAUUGAAGAAAUCAAGGUCACAGACAGUGACACAUUCAAUACCGCCUUGCACACUCUUGCCUGCAUCUAACUGAUCUGGGAUAUAAUCAUUAGUCUGAACAGCUGCAUACAGUUUCUAUUGGACAAAUUCAGGUUGGUUCGUUACGUUUAAGAAACGUUUUUCAACAGAAUCGGCAGAAUGAAUACACACCUGAUCACCCGCACACACAUUUCACUUUCAUAGCAGCCACAUACAAACAACAUCGUCACUUUACAUCACUGGUUGUAUAAUUCCUUCUCGCAUCUACACGCUCUCCUCCUCUCACCUUUUCCCUUCAGUGCACAACACAACAGCUCUCUGUGACCUGGCGAAAAAAAACUUUCCAAGCCAAACUUUCAUACCAUAACCGCUACACACAGUCUACAUCGUUGUCACCAUAUUAGGUAAUGUCAUAGUCAACAUAGCUACUAGAACUAACGCAUUAGUAAACCCGCUACAAUCACACAGUACAGUAUGCAGCAAGCAGUUUAGCAGGUACACCGGGGGCCCCGGUGGCAAUGAAUAAAUAAAACCGAAAGCUUACCUUGACUUGGAAAAGUUCCAGUGUUGGAUAGCUUUAGCCAGCUAGCUAACAUAAAUAGCAUUCUUCUCUUUUUGAGCCGGAUGUUUGAGUAGGCUAAAUUAGCUAGCUGCAUUAGCUAGCUAAAUAAGUGAGUGAAAGUGAAAAGCUAGCUUGCUAUAUAGCUCCUUAAUUUUUAAGGAAAUAAAUGUUUUCAAACUUUUCAACUAUUGUCUUUCUCGCUCUUUGAGUCAACUACUCACCACAUUUUAUGCACUGCAGUGCUAGCUAGCUGUAGCUUAUCCUUUCACUACUAUAUUCAUUCUCUGGUCCUUUGAUUGGGUGGACAUCAUGUCAGUUCAUGCUGCAAGAGCUCUGAUAGGUUGGAUAAUGUCUUCCGGAAGUCAUCAAAAUUACUGUGUAAGUCUAUGGAAGGGGUUGAGAACCAUGAACCAAUUUUUUGUAUUGAAGUAAUGUACCAAGAGGAGGAUGGAAAAUAGCUGUCCUCCGGCUGGCUAGACCAUAGUGCUAACCCAGAGAGUGCUGUUGAGGUUACUGUAGACCUUUAUUGCAAAACAGUUAUUUGGUGACAUGAAUACAUUUAGUAUAGUUUUAUCUAAAAUGGAAGAAAAAAUAUAUAUGUUUCACUUAUCAUUUUUAUGAAAUUCACAGAGUGGGAUGGUCCUCCCCUUCCUCGUCUGAGGAGCCUCAACUGACGCAAACACACAUACACACACGCACACAGACACACACGCACACACACACACACACACACACACACACACAUGCACGUAUCACUUUGUCUGAUGCAACAUCAGGGUAAGCGUGGUAGUAUAUGGGAGGAUCUGGGCCUGUCUGCUCUGCACUGACCGCUUUCUGCUCUAUCAUGGACAGAGGAUCACGGUCACCAUGGAGACAGCAGUAUUAAGCACGUUUGGGGUCAAUUCCAUUCCAUUUCAAUUACAGGAAGUAAACUGAAAUACCAAUUUCCAUUAUUCUCAAUGUUUUUCAACUAGGAAAAUGUAGAAAUAGAAUUGGGUUAACUUUCUGUAUUGACUGGAAAUUAAAUGGAAUUGAUCCCAAUCCUGAUAUGAAGGGUCAUAGGAAUAUCCUAAGCAGCAGAAGUGGAUGUACGUACCAGUCAUACCCAUGUGUAUAUACUGUACCAGUCAUACCCAUGUGUAUAUACUGUACCAGUCAGACCCAUGUGUAUAUACUGUACCAGUCAGACCCAUGUGUAUAUACUGUACCAGUCAUACCCAUGUGUAUAUACUGUACCAGUCAUACCCAUGUGUAUAUACUGUACCAGUCAGACCCAUGUGUAUAUACUGUACCAGUAAGAACCAUGUGUAUAUACUGUACCAGUCAGACCCAUGUGUAGAUACUCUACCAGUCAUACCCAUGUGUAUAUACUGUACCAGUCAUACCCAUGUGUAUAUACUGUACCAGUAAGAACCAUGUGUAUAUACUGUACCAGUCAGACCCAUGUGUAUAUACUCUACCAGUCAUACCCAUGUGUAUAUACUGUACCAGUCAUACCCAUGUGUAUAUACUGUACCAGUAAGAACCAGGUGUAUAUACUGUACCAGUCAGACCUAUGUGAAUAUACUGUACCAGUCAGACCCAUUUCUAUAUACCAGUCAGACCCAUGUGUAGAUACUGUACCAGUCAGACCCAUGUGUAUAUACUGUACCAUUCAGACGCAUGUGUAUAUACUGUACCAGUCAUACCCAUGUGUAUAUACUGUACCAGUCAGACCCAUGUGUAUAUACUGUACCAGUCAGACCCAUGUGUAGAUACUGUACCAGUACGACCCAUGUGUAUAUACUGUACCAGUCAUACCCAUGUGUAUAUACUGUACCAGUCAGACCCAUUUCUAUAUACCAGUCAGACCCAUGUGUAGAUACUGUACCAGUCAGACCCAUGUGGAUAUACUGUACCAGUCAGACCCAUGUGUAUAUACUGUACCAGUCAUACCCAUGUGUAUAUACUGUACCAGUCAGACCCAUGUGUAUAUACUGUACCAGUCAGACCCAUGUGUAUAUACUGUACCAGUAAGAACCAUGUGUAUAUACUGUACCAGUCAGACCCAUUUCUAUAUACCAGUCAGAUCCAUGUGUAUAUACUGUACCAGUCAGACCCAUUUCUAUAUACCAGUCAGAUCCAUGUUUAUAUACUGUACCAGUCAGACCCAUUUCUAAAUACCAGUCAGAUCCAUGUUUAUAUACUGUACCAGUCAGACCCAUGUGUAUAUACUGUACCAGUUUGAACCAUGUGAAUAUACUGUACCAGUCAGACCCAUUUCUAUAUACCAGUCAGAACCAUGUUUAUAUACUGUACCAGUCAUACCCAUUUCUAUAUACCAGUCAGACCCAUGUGUAUAUACUGUACCAGUCAGACCCAUGUGUAGAUACUGUACCAGUCAGACCCAUGUGUAUAUACAGUACCAGUCAGACCCAUUUCUAUAUACCAGUCAGACCCAUGUGUAUAUACUGUACCAGUCAGACCCAUGGGUAUAUACUGUACCAGUCAGACCCAUGUGUAUAUACUGUCUCAGUAUGAACCAUGUGUAUAUACUGUACCAGUCAUACCCAUGUGAAUAUACUGUACCAGUCAGACCCAUGUGUAUAUACUGUACCAGUCAGACCCAUGUGUAUAUACUGUACCAGUCAGACCUAUGUGAAUAUACUGUACCAGUCAGACCCAUGUGUAUAUACUGUACCAGUCAGACCCAUUUCUAUAUACCAGUCAGACCCAUGUGUAUAUACUGUACCAGUCAUACCCAUGUGUAUAUACUGUACCAGUCAGACCCAUGUGUAUAUACUGUACCAGUCAGACCCAUUUUUAUAUACCAGUCAGACCCAUGUGUAUAUACUGUACCAGUCAGACCCAUGUGUGUAUACUGUACCAGUCAUACCCAUGUGUAUAUACUGUACCAGUCAGACCCAUGUGUAUAUACUGUACCAGUCAGACCCAUUUCUAUAUACCAGUCAGAUCCAUGUGUAUAUACUGUACCAGUCAUACCCAUGUGUAUAUACUGUACCAGUCAGACCCAUGUGUAUAUACUGUACCAGUCAGACCCAUGUGUAUAUACUGUACCAGUCAGACCCAUGUGUAUAUACUGUACCAGUCAUACCCAUGUGUAUAUACUGUACCAGUUUGAACCAUGUGAAUAUACUGUACCAGUCAGACCCAUUUCUAUAUACCAGUCAGACCCAUGUGUAGAUACUGUACCAGUCCGACCCAUUUCUAUAUACCAGUCAGACCCAUGUGUAUAUACUGUACCAGUCAGACCCAUGUGUAUAUACUGUACCAGUCAGACCCAUGUGUAUAUACUGUACCAGUCAGACCCAUGUGUAUAUACUGUACCAGUAAGAACCAUUUGUAUAUACUGUACCAGUAAGAACCAUUUGUAUAUACUGUACCAGUCAUACCCAUGUGUAUAUACUGUACCAGUCAGACCCAUGUGUAUAUACUGUACCAGUCAGACCCAUGUGUAUAUACUGUACCAGUAAGAACCAUUUGUAUAUACUGUACCAGUCAGACCCAUGUGUAUAUACUGUACCAGUAUGAACCAUGUGUAUAUGCUGUACCAGUCAGACCCAUGUGUAUAUACUGUACCAGUCAGACCCAUGUGUAUAUACUGUACCAGUAAGAACCAUUUGUAUAUACUGUACCAGUCAGACCCAUGUGUAUAUACUGUACCAGUCAGACCCAUUUCUAUAUACCAGUCAGACCCAUGUGUAUAUACUGUACCAGUCAUACCCAUUUGUGUAUACUGUACCAGUCAGACCCAUGUGUAUAUACUGUACCAGUCAGACCCAUGUGUAUAUACUGUACCAGUCAGACCCAUGUGUGUAUACUGUACCAGUCAGACCCAUGUGUAUAUACUGUACCAGUCAGACCCAUGUGUAUAUACUGUACCAGUCAGACCCAUGUGUAUAUACUGUACCAGUCAGACCCAUGUGUAUAUACUGUACCAGUCAGACCCAUGUGUAUAUACUGUGCCAGUCAGACCCAUUUCCAUAUACCAAUCAGAUCCAUGUUUAUAUACUGUACCAGUCAGACCCAUGUGUAUAUACUGUGCCAGUCAGACCCAUUUCUAUAUACCAGUCAGAACCAUGUUUAUAUACUGUACCAGUCAGACCCAUGUGUAUAUACUGUACCAGUCAGACCCAUUUCUAUAUACCAGUCAGAACCAUGUUUAUAUACUGUACCAGUCAGACCCAUGUGUAUAUACUGUACCAGUCAGACCCAUUUCUAUAUACCAGUCAGAACCAUGUUUAUAUACUGUACCAGUCAGACCCAUGUGUAUAUACUGUACCAGUCAGACCCAUGUGUAUAUACUGUACCAGUCAGACCUAUGUGAAUAUACUGUACCAGUCAGACCCAUGUGUAUAUACUGUACCAGUCAGACCCAUUUCUAUAUACCAGUCAGAACCAUGUUUAUAUACUGUACCAGUCAGACCCAUGUGUAUAUACUGUACCAGUCAGACCCAUGUGUAUAUACUGUACCAGUCAGACCCAUGUGUAUAUACUGUACCAGUCAGACCCAUGUGUGUAUACUGUACCAGUCAUACCCAUGUGUAUAUACUGUACCAGUCAGACCCAUUUCUUUAUACCAGUCAGACCCAUGUGUAUAUACUGUACCAGUCAUACCCAUGUGUAUAUACUGUACCAGUCAUACCCAUGUGUAUAUACUGUACCAGUAUGAACCAUGUGUAUAUACUGUACCAGUCAGACCCAUGUGUAUAUACUGUACCAGUCAGACCCAUGUGUAUAUACUGUACCAGUCAGACCCAUGUGUAUAUACUGUACCAGUCAGAACCAUGUGUAUAUACUGUACCAGUCAGACCCAUGUGUAUAUACUGUACCAGUCAGACCCAUUUCUAUAUACCAGUCAGACCCAUGUGUGUAUACUGUACCAGUCAGACCCAUGUGUAUAUACUGUACCAGUCAGACCCAUGUGUAGAUACUGUACCAGUCAGACCCAUGUGUAUAUACUGUACCAGUCAGACCCAUUUCUAUAUACCAGUCAGACCCAUGUGUAUAUACUGUACCAGUCAAACCCAUGUGUAUAUACUGUACCAGUCAGACCCAUGUGUAUAUACUGUACCAGUCAGACCCAUGUGUAUAUACUGUACCAGUCAGAUCCAUGUGUAGAUACUGUACCAGUCAGACCCAUGUGUAUAUACUGUACCAGUCAGAUCCAUGUGUAGAUACUGUACCAGUCAGACCCAUGUGUAUAUACUGUACCAGUCAGAUCCAUGUGUAGAUACUGUACCAGUCAGACCCAUGUGUAUAUACUGUACCAGUCAGAUCCAUGUGUAGAUACUGUACCAGUCAGACCCAUGUGUAUAUACUGUACCAGUCAGACCCAUGUUUAUAUACUGUACCAGUCAUACCCAUUUCUAUAUACCAGUCAGAACCAUGUUUAUAUACUGUACCAGUCAUACCCAUUUCUAUAUACCAGUCAGACCCAUGUGUAUAUACUGUACCAGUCAGACCCAUGUGUAGAUACUGUACCAGUCAGACCCAUGUGUAUAUACAGUACCAGUCAGACCCAUUUCUAUAUACCAGUCAGACCCAUGUGUAUAUACUGUACCAGUCAGACCCAUGGGUAUAUACUGUACCAGUCAGACCCAUGUGUAUAUACUGUCUCAGUAUGAACCAUGUGUAUAUACUGUACCAGUCAUACCCAUGUGUAUAUACUGUACCAGUCAGACCCAUGUGUAUAUACUGUACCAGUCAGACCCAUGUGUAUAUACUGUACCAGUCAGACCUAUGUGAAUAUACUGUACCAGUCAGACCCAUGUGUAUAUACUGUACCAGUCAGACCCAUUUCUAUAUACCAGUCAGACCCAUGUGUAUAUACUGUACCAGUCAUACCCAUGUGUAUAUACUGUACCAGUCAGACCCAUGUGUAUAUACUGUACCAGUCAGACCCAUUUUUAUAUACCAGUCAGACCCAUGUGUAUAUACUGUACCAGUCAGACCCAUGUGUGUAUACUGUACCAGUCAUACCCAUGUGUAUAUACUGUACCAGUCAGACUCAUGUAUAUAUACUGUACCAGUCAGACCCAUUUCUAUAUACCAGUCAGAUCCAUGUGUAUAUACUGUACCAGUCAUACCCAUGUGUAUAUACUGUACCAGUCAGACCCAUGUGUAUAUACUGUACCAGUCAGACCCAUGUGUAUAUACUGUACCAGUCAGACCCAUGUGUAUAUACUGUACCAGUCAUACCCAUGUGUAUAUACUGUACCAGUUUGAACCAUGUGAAUAUACUGUACCAGUCAGACCCAUUUCUAUAUACCAGUCAGACCCAUGUGUAGAUACUGUACCAGUCCGACCCAUUUCUAUAUACCAGUCAGACCCAUGUGUAUAUACUGUACCAGUCAGACCCAUGUGUAUAUACUGUACCAGUCAGACCCAUGUGUAUAUACUGUACCAGUCAGACCCAUGUGUAUAUACUGUACCAGUAAGAACCAUUUGUAUAUACUGUACCAGUAAGAACCAUUUGUAUAUACUGUACCAGUCAGACCCAUGUGUAUAUACUGUACCAGUCAGACCCAUGUGUAUAUACUGUACCAGUCAGACCCAUGUGUAUAUACUGUACCAGUAAGAACCAUUUGUAUAUACUGUACCAGUCAGACCCAUGUGUAUAUACUGUACCAGUAUGAACCAUGUGUAUAUGCUGUACCAGUCAGACCCAUGUGUAUAUACUGUACCAGUCAGACCCAUGUGUAUAUACUGUACCAGUAAGAACCAUUUGUAUAUACUGUACCAGUCAGACCCAUGUGUAUAUACUGUACCAGUCAGACCCAUUUCUAUAUACCAGUCAGACCCAUGUGUAUAUACUGUACCAGUCAUACCCAUUUGUGUAUACUGUACCAGUCAGACCCAUGUGUAUAUACUGUACCAGUCAGACCCAUGUGUAUAUACUGUACCAGUCAGACCCAUGUGUGUAUACUGUACCAGUCAGACCCAUGUGUGUAUACUGUACCAGUCAGACCCAUGUGUAUAUACUGUACCAGUCAGACCCAUGUGUAUAUACUGUACCAGUCAGACCCAUGUGUAUAUACUGUACCAGUCAGACCCAUGUGUAUAUACUGUGCCAGUCAGACCCAUUUCCAUAUACCAAUCAGAUCCAUGUUUAUAUACUGUACCAGUCAGACCCAUGUGUAUAUACUGUGCCAGUCAGACCCAUUUCUAUAUACCAGUCAGAACCAUGUUUAUAUACUGUACCAGUCAGACCCAUGUGUAUAUACUGUACCAGUCAGACCCAUUUCUAUAUACCAGUCAGAACCAUGUUUAUAUACUGUACCAGUCAGACCCAUGUGUAUAUACUGUACCAGUCAGACCCAUUUCUAUAUACCAGUCAGAACCAUGUUUAUAUACUGUACCAGUCAGACCCAUGUGUAUAUACUGUACCAGUCAGACCCAUGUGUAUAUACUGUACCAGUCAGACCUAUGUGAAUAUACUGUACCAGUCAGACCCAUGUGUAUAUACUGUACCAGUCAGACCCAUUUCUAUAUACCAGUCAGAACCAUGUUUAUAUACUGUACCAGUCAGACCCAUGUGUAUAUACUGUACCAGUCAGACCCAUGUGUAUAUACUGUACCAGUCAGACCCAUGUGUAUAUACUGUACCAGUCAGACCCAUGUGUGUAUACUGUACCAGUCAUACCGAUGUGUAUAUACUGUACCAGUCAGACCCAUUUCUUUAUACCAGUCAGACCCAUGUGUCUAUACUGUACCAGUCAUACCCAUGUGUAUAUACUGUACCAGUCAUACCCAUGUGUAUAUACUGUACCAGUAUGAACCAUGUGUAUAUACUGUACCAGUCAGACCCAUGUGUAUAUACUGUACCAGUCAGACCCAUGUGUAUAUACUGUACCAGUCAGACCCAUGUGUAUAUACUGUACCAGUCAGAACCAUGUGUAUAUACUGUACCAGUCAGACCCAUGUGUAUAUACUGUACCAGUCAGACCCAUUUCUAUAUACCAGUCAGACCCAUGUGUGUAUACUGUACCAGUCAGACCCAUGUGUAUAUACUGUACCAGUCAGACCCAUUUCUAUAUACCAGUCAGACCCAUGUGUAUUUACUGUACCAGUCAAACCCAUGUGUAUAUACUGUACCAGUCAGACCCAUGUGUAUAUACUGUACCAGUCAGACCCAUGUGUAUAUACUGUACCAGUCAGAUCCAUGUGUAGAUACUGUACCAGUCAGACCCAUGUGUAUAUACUGUACCAGUCAGAUCCAUGUGUAGAUACUGUACCAGUCAGACCCAUGUGUAUAUACUGUACCAGUCAGAUCCAUGUGUAGAUACUGUACCAGUCAGACCCAUGUGUAUAUACUGUACCAGUCAGAUCCAUGUGUAGAUACUGUACCAGUCAGACCCAUGUGUAUAUACUGUACCAGUCAGACCCAUGUGUAUAUACUGUACCAGUCAGACCCAUUUCUAUAUACCAGUCAGACCCAUGUGUAUAUACUGUACCAGUCAUACCCAUGUGUAUAUACUGUACCAGUCAGACCCAUUUUUAUAUACCAGUCAGACCCAUGUGUAUAUACUGUACCAGUCAGACCCAUGUGUGUAUACUGUACCAGUCAGACCCAUUUCUAUAUACCAGUCAGACCCAUGUGUAUAUACUGUACCAGUCAUACCCAUGUGUAUAUACUGUACCAGUCAGACCCAUGUGUAUAUACUGUACCAGUCAUACCCAUGUGUAUAUACUGUACCAGUAAGAACCAUGUGUAUAUACUGUACCAGUCAGACCCAUGUGUAUAUACUGUACCAGUCAAACGCAUGUGUGUAUUCUGUACCAGUAAGAACCAUGUGUAUAUACUGUACCAGUCAGACCCAUGUGUAUAUACUGUACCAGUCAGACCCAUGUGUAUAUACUGUACCAGUCAGACCCAUUUCUAUAUACCAGUCAGACCCAUGUGUAUAUACUGUACCAGUCAUACCCAUGUGUAUAUACUGUACCAGUCAGACCCAUGUGUAUAUACUGUACCAGUCAGACCCAUGUGUAUAUACUGUGCCAGUCAGACCCAUUUCCAUAUACCAAUCAGAUCCAUGUUUAUAUACUGUACCAGUCAGACCCAUGUGUAUAUACUGUACCAGUCAGACCCAUGUGUAUAUACUGUACCAGUCAGACCCAUUUCUAUGAACCAGUCAGAACCAUGUUUAUAUACUGUACCAGUCAGACCCAUGUGUAUAUACUGUACCAGUCAGACCCAUGUGUAUAUACUGUACCAGUCAUACCCAUGUGUAUAUACUGUACCAGUCAGACCCAUGUGUAUAUACUGUACCAGUCAGACCCAUGUGUAUAUACUGUACCAGUCAGACCCAUGUGUAUAUACUGUACCAGUCAGACCCAUGUGUAUAUACUGUGCCAGUCAGACCCAUUUCCAUAUACCAAUCAGAUCCAUGUUUAUAUACUGUACCAGUCAGACCCAUGUGUAUAUACUGUACCAGUCAGACCCAUGUGUAUAUACUGUACCAGUCAGACCCAUUUCUAUGAACCAGUCAGAACCAUGUUUAUAUACUGUACCAGUCAGACCCAUGUGUAUAUACUGUACCAGUCAGACCCAUGUGUAUAUACUGUACCAGUCAGACCCAUUUCUAUAUACCAGUCAGACCCAUGUGUAUAUACUGUACCAGUCAGACCCAUGUGUGUAUACUGUACCAGUCAUACCCAUGUGUAAAUACUUUACCAGUCAUAACCAUGUCUAUAUAAGGCUCUGAUUCCACUGCUCUUUUCAUUCUAAUAAUCCCAUUUAGAAUCAUAUGUUGAGUUCCAAUCACUCCUAUCCACAAAGAGAUCAGCUGGCCAGAUGUGAUUGGAUUGGAAUGUAGUCCAUUUGAAGAGAUGAAUACUUAAUCCCUGAUUGAUGCCUGGCCAUGUGACCAAGGCUUUGCUGAGUUUCCCCUCCAUCCUCCAGCUCUGCUCUCCAUAUGAUUCCACUUCAGACUAACUGUCUCAUCUGCUGACGAUCAGAACAGGCACACAUUCAGGAUGUCCAGCUGGUUAAAGACAUCAAUUAAGCAUCACGUCGUUUUCCCCCCUUUUCUCACUUUACUGAUUCAUAUUUUGAAUCUAUGAUGAAAUCUGAAAUAUUUUCUCCUAGCUGCAUUGAUACCCCAUAGAUUAUAUGUUUAUAUUUUGCAACUCAAGUGGACAAAGAAAUAGCUGAUGUUAACUAGCAGGGCGAUACAGAAUGCAUAAUAGGGUCAGGAGUUCCUCACCAUGUAACCAGGAAAAACUAUUGACUAAAAUGAAUCUCUGAAUACAGAGCUACACUGAAUGUCUUGAUGAAGUCAUAUUAGCAGAUUCUGCCUAUUUCACUGUUCUAUAUUAAUUCAAUCUUUCAUUAAUCUACACAUUAUCAUUUACUAAUGGCAUAAUUACUUUUAUCAGGAACGCCUGAUUGUCUAGAUAUGCCCCUGAUGUCUUUUGAAUAGCAAUUCUGCAAAUUAUCAUAAUAAGAUUAACUUCUUCCAGUUUCCAUUUCCGAAGUUGAUUAUAAAUGUGUUCAUUCAAUCUCAAAAGCAAUUGUUGAUUCAUUUAAUCGUAAGUCUAUUUAUGAAAGUAGAAUUGCUAUUGUUGAAUGUGACUUAAAUAAUUAUUGUCACUUUGCAUUGACCGAGUGAUGGCAUUUACAGUUGUCUGAAAUGUGAUGAAAUUAACCACAUCAAGACUAGCUCAAUAGAGGAGUAACACCUGUCUGUACCACAGUCCUGUGUUAGGCUGAGGGGUUUGGUCAAGGUGGGUACAUACACGGUCCUGUGUUAGGCUGAGCUGAGGGGUUUGGUCAAGGUGGGUACAUACACGGUCCUGUGUUAGGCUGAGGGGUUUGGUCAAGGUGGGUACAUACACGGUCCUGUGUUAGGCUGAGCUGAGGGGUUUGGUCAAGGUGGGUACAUACACGGUCCUGUGUUAGGCUGAGGGGUUUGGUCAAGGUGGGUACAUACACAGUCCUGUGUUAGGCUGAGGGGUUUGGUCAAGGUGGGUACAUACACAGUCCUGUGUUAGGCUGAGGGGUUUGGUCAAGGUGGGUACAUACACGGUCCUGUGUUAGGCUGAGGGGUUUGGUCAAGGUGGGUACAUACACGGUCCUGUGUUAGGCUGAGGGGUUUGGUCAAGGUGGGUACAUACACAGUCCUGUGUUAGGCUGAGCUGAGGGGUUUGGUCAAGGUGGGUACAUACACAGUCCUGUGUUAGGCUGAGGGGUUUGGUCAAGGUGGGUACAUACACAGUCCUGUGUUAGGCUGAGGGGUUUGGUCAAGGUGGGUACAUACACAGUCCUGUGUUAGGCUGAGCUGAGGGGUUUGGUCAAGGUGGGUACAUACACAGUCCUGUGUUAGGCUGAGGGGUUUGGUCAAGGUGGGUACAUACACAGUCCUGUGUUAGGCUGAGGGGUUUGGUCAAGGUGGGUACAUACACGGUCCUAUGUUAGGCAGAGGGGUUUGGUCAAGGUGGGUACAUACACGGUCCUGUGUUAGGCUGAGCUGAGGGGUUUGGUCAAGGUGGGUACAUACACAGUCCUGUGUUAGGCUGAGGGGUUUGGUCAAGGUGGGUACAUACACGGUCCUAUGUUAGGCUGAGGGGUUUGGUCAAGGUGGGUACAUACACAGGCUGGAACAGAAAGGGAACCACUUCCAUGGGAGAUACACACACAGUGGUUUUGUAUUUUUACCCUCCUAAAUAGUGAACAGGUAUAAUCACAGAGCUCAAGCCGGUGCUGUAAAGCAGCGGACCUCAGUAAGCUCUGCUGAAACAGCACGCACAGUUUACUACUACAGGACAGAAUUCAUAGUAAUGUUUGAUUUGCACAUGUCAACUCUCUCUCUGAGCCUGGGAACAGGUGGUUGAAGUGGUGUUGGAUCCUGUCGUCUCUGUAUUUGUACACAGACAGCAUGCAGUAGGGGUCCAUGAUGCAUGUGCUUAGGGCUCGAUUCAAUCAGAUCCGCUUUAGCCAACAUUGUCAAAGAGGUUGUUUUGGGGGUGUCAGGGGAACUGCAUUAGAGCUGUCAAAUCCACAAGUGGCUCCCAGUAUUAUACUUAAAGCGAACAUAGCAAAUUGGCCGCACGGAGUUGCGGUAACAGAAAUCCCAAGCUCGCAAGAGCAGUUGCUCACCAAAAUGGUGGCUCCAACACAGUUCCACUUCCGACCAUGCCAAAACAUCCGCUAUGCAGGUGUCUGCUAUCGCUAGUUAACGUUUGAUCUGCUUGAAUCUAGGCCCUACUCUCUCUUCCUGUUUCCAUGUAGUUUAUGAACACCAUCCCUCCAUCCAGGAGUGUAAGGUCAGGCCUGGAAGAUGAUGAUGUAUGGAUGGAGAAUGAUGAAUGACCAAUGGGACUGGGACAAACACAACCCAAUGUUUACAGUUUACACAUGCUGACAGAGGGCCUGUCAUAGCCUGCUGUUCCAGAAGCCUCAUUUAGAAUUCUCAUCCUACUCUCCUCUUGCCCUUUCCCUGUCCCCAUAUCUCUCAUUCUGUCUCUUGCCUUCCCCCUCUUUCUCUCUCUUCCUCCCUUUCUAUCGUAUUCUUCCUUUCUCUCAGUCUCCCUCCCUCUCUUCCUCCCUUUCUGUCGCAUUGUUUUUUUCUUUCUCAUUCUCUCUCUCCCUGAUAAUUCUGUCUGUAUUGUUCUCUGGUGUGUGUGGGGGACAUCACCAGCUAGCUGUUAGCAGACACAGAGGUCGUACAGACUAGUUGUCUGUUGGAAGCUGUGAACAUGUACUGUUUAUUGUCUGCGACAGUAAUGGGGUCAACCAGAGUUUCCAUAGUCUGAAGUAGCUUCCUAAUCUCUUCAUCUCCUCUUCUCCAUAGUCUCAAGUUCUCUUCUCUUCUUCUGUCCUUCAUAUGCUCUGAACUGAAAACCCAGGAUAGGUGGAGGCAAUAUGGUGGAAACACAUACACUAUCAUUUGUAUCAGUCGACAUUAAAACAAAGGAGAAGAGAAGAGGAAACAAUAUCAAAUUGUUUGGGAAGUGUCUAGGGACAUUGAGCAAAUCUCCCACUGACAUUAUGUAAGAUUUACACAACAGUUAAAACUUUUGACUUAUGCACUUUGCAUCCCCAGUUAUGAUUGGGUCCAUACCACAGUGACAAGUAAACAAAGAGAAUUGAUGUAUCUAUAAUAAUAGACAACAGCUGCAGUACUGCGUCAUUGUGACCUUCAAUGACAUGCCGUUUAUAGUCUCCCAUUUCUAAAAUGCAAAUACACAUCUCAGAGAGAGAGAUGCAGACUGUCAGCUAGGGUGCCAACACGUAUGCCUCUGGGCCAAGAAAUCUGUUGCUGCUUCUCUCGGCUCUGAGGUCUUGUGUGUGUGUGUGUGUCUGUCUAUCUGUAUGUCUGCUUAAGCGUGCGUGCGCGCGCGUGUGUGUGUGUGUGUGUGUGUGUGUGUGUGUGUGUGUGUGUGUAUGUGUGUGUGUGUGUGUGUGUGUGUGUGUGUGUGUGUGUGUGUGUGUGUGUGUGUGUGUGUGUGUGUGUGUGUGUGCCUGCCUAUGUCAGCGUGUGUGUAAAUGAGGGCUCCAUCUAUAAAUACCUGUAGUGUUAGCAGCGGAGGGAGUGCAGACAGCAACAGCAGCAUUAGCUGCUGCAACGUUUGUUGACAGCGGUAAUUAGCCAAGGGCCUUUGUGUGUCUAUCUACAGCGACAAGGGGUUUCACAUUCCACCUGUUUCACAGCCUCACCAAUGUCAUGUCUCUUUACUGAGGCCUAGCUGCAAGGAAUUAUCCUUGCCUGGGAGCAAUUGCCUUAUUAUGAUGUUGCCGUGUUUGUACCAGGAAAUAUUGAGGGAUGCUGGUCACUCAGUAGCCCUGCAUCUCUUACAUCCCACAACGUUAUCAUAUGAAUGACCUAUGGAUUUUGUUGUGCCCACCUGAAUGAGCCCCCUGGUUGCUACAGCUGUUCUGUCACCUCUCUCUACCUCCCUAUCUAGUUCUGGAUUAACAUCCAGAUAUCAAUCACACUAAACUCAACAAAAUGGCUGCCAUCCUCCCGGUGACCUCUCUAACAUGGCUGCCGUUGGAGCCCUCUGCCAGACAGACGUUCCACCGCACCCAGCCCUGGAGCAGACAUCCUGAGGGCUGAUGUUGUAACUUCACUGGCUGGCCUACAUCUGAACAGAACAUCUAGUCCUCCUGUGUGUCUGACAGCACAGCUGCAGGAGGAGAGGGAUCCGCUGAGAUCUGAGACGUGAGGACUGACAGAAUUAUAUCCACAAUAUGAGCAGGACAUCAAAAAUGCUGUAAAGGGAAAGGCCAUUUGUCAUCCUUGGUGAGACGACCGAU